GAGGAGGGACAGCGCUUCAGUUUGGAGCACCUUGCAUGUGAGUGUGUUUUAAGUGUGUGUGAGGGGCAUGUGUGUGUGUAUGUGUGUGCGUUUGUGUGCAAACUUUAAAUAAAAGUGUCUGCGGCAAACAAAGCUGAAGGAUAUAUUUCGAUAAAGCAUCAGAGGACUCGCAUUUCAACAUCUGUGCACCUUAGAUCUGAUGCUUCCCGCCAUCACCAUGGAAACGGAGGCCAGCCACAUGCUGGAGGCAGCUCUGGAGCAGAUGGAUGACAUCAUCGCAGGUUCAAAAGCAGCAGCGUCGGAGUUCUCUAACAGCGUGUAUGACCUGGGUUCUCCCGUCAGUGCUGGUCCACUGCAGGUCGUUCAGUUAGCUGAGGACCUCAAACUCGCCCUGGAGCUCCAGCCCAGCCAGCAGGGGAAAGACAGCCUCAGAGCACAGCUUCCUACAGAGACGGCUCAGGUUCUCAUAGAGUGGCUUCAGACGGGAACUGUGAACCUCUGCACUCCGGCCAACAAUGAGACCUACCAAGAAAGACUGCUUCGCCUAGAGGGAGACAAGGAGUCUCUGGUGCUACAGGUGAGCGUUCUGACUGACCAGGUGGAAGCUCAGGGAGAGAAGAUCAGAGACCUGGAAAGUUCUCUGGAGGAGCACCGACAAAAACUGGCCUCCACAGAGGAGAUGCUUCAACAGGAGCUGAUGAGCAGGACCUGUCUAGAGACUCAGAAGCUGGAUCUCAUGGAUGAGGUGUCGUACCUCAAACUGAAGCUCGUCAGCAUGGAGGAGACAAAUACACAGACAAAAGAGCCCGCAGAGACAGAGCAGAAUAAGGCUGAGGAUUUGAUACAAGAAGUGAGGCAACUGAAGAGCAAAGUGGGGGAGCUGGAGGGAGAGAAGGGCCAGUAUGAGAGGAAACUGAGAGGCACAAAGGCAGAAAUCGCAGAGCUCCAGCAGAUCCUUUCAUCCAAAGACACUGAAAUCGAAUGCCUGCAGACCCAGCUGCUGACCAGAGGUGGCACAGCCAAUGACAACGCAGAGAGAGACCAAGAAUACCAGAGGUUGAAGGUCGGGAUGGAGUCUUUGUUAGCUUCAAAUGAUGAAAAGGACCGACGUAUUGAGGAGCUGACCGUUCUGCUUGGUCAGUACAGAAAGAUGAGGGAUGUCAUGGCACUCACACAGGGGAGUAGUGAAGAGGAGCUGAGUGGCAGUUUGGGACUCAGAGCCAUCACACACAAAGCACACUCUGAUAUCCUCAGGUCAGAGAUAUCAUCCAGAGGAUCUUCUCCACUUAUGUUAUCCUCGUCUCCGUACCAGAGAGAGCUGGACUUUAGUAUGCAGAACCCUUUGGACAUAUCCCUGGUGUCUGCUGGGGAUCCAAGCUUCUUUAAUGGCUCGUGGCAUCAGCGCAGGUUGCUCUCCAGCAGUCUGGAAGAGCUGCAGAGUGGAUCCUUACAAAAGGCUGUACAGAUCCAGCCAGUAGAAACAGAAUCAGACGUAGGGGCAGAGAGUCCACACAUGGAGCUGAGUAAGUACCAGACUCUGCCUGGGAAGCUGAGCAAAAGGAGCAAGCUGAGGGCUGAGCUGAACGGUGACGGAGAGGAGGACGGAGAGGAGGACGAUCAGUAUUUAUCACCCGUCCGUCUCUCUCCUGUCCCUAACCACGACCAGGAACACAGACUCGUUCGCUGCAGGAGUGCCAGUGCUCCGGCUUUAGGAUCACCUGGGAAACACGACCUCUAUGAUGUUGAGCAUUCAGAGAAGCUCGGGGAGAGUGUUCUCUCAGACCAGUCCCCUCUGUCCUCUGGAGUGGACUCAGGACAGCAGUCCCCGGUCUCACCAGAACACCGCAAGAAUCACAGAGGCAUUAAGAAACUCUGGGGAAAGAUCCGUCGCAGCCAGUCAGGUAGUCCUUCCCAGGGUCAUGACCCCGAGCUCGGAGAGUUCAAGAGGGGAGGCUUCAGAGCUACAGCUGGACCGAGACUGGCCCGUUCAGGACACACACGAGACAUUAAGAUUCCUUUUUCUAAAUGGAGCACAGAGCAGGUGUGUGACUGGCUGGAGGAAAUGGGACUCGGCCAGUACAGCAUACUCGCUCACCACUGGGUCACCAGUGGUCAGACUCUGCAGUCUGCCAGCCUGCCGGACCUGGAGAGGGAGCUGGCAAUGAAGAACACGCUCCACAGGAAGAAGCUUCAGCUCGCCAUCAAGACGCUCAGCAGCAAGCAUCCUGAGAAGUCUGCAGAGCUAGACUACAUCUGGGUCACUCGUUGGCUGGAUGACAUCGGCCUCCCUCAGUACAAGGACCAGUUUAAUGAUGGGAGGGUGGAUGGGCAGAUGCUGCAGUAUCUGACUGUGAAUGACUUGUUAGUCCUAAAAGUAACCAGCCAGCUGCAUCACCUCAGCAUCAAGUGUGCCAUUCAUGUUCUCCAUGUCAACAAGUUCCACCCUAACUGCCUCAAACGCAGGCCCAACAAUGAGAACCAGUUCUCUCCCAGCGAGGUGGUCCAGUGGUCCAACCACAGAGUCAUGGAGUGGCUGAGAUCUGUGGAUCUGGCAGAGUACGCACCAAACCUGAGAGGCAGUGGUGUUCAUGGAGGGCUGAUAAUACUGGAGCCUCGGUUCAACUCGGACACGAUGGCCAUGCUGCUGAACAUCCCUACUCAGAAAACACUGCUGAGACGUCAUUUAGCCACCAACUUCAACAACCUGGUGGGAGUACAAGCUCAGCAGGAGAAGAGGGAGUACAUGGAGGCACCGGGGUACACACCACUCAGUAUAACAGCUAAAGUCAAGCCGAAGAAGUUGGGUCUGUCUAACUUGACUCACCUCAGGAGGAGAAGGCCGGAUGAGUCCACAGACUAUGUUUGUCCCAUCCAGACGUCCUCGCCACAGUCAGGACAGUCUGCGGCUAACGGUGUACAGGUUCGGCCGUACGCUGGCUUUAGAGGCCUGAGUCCCAUUCUGGACCGAGAGCCCGACCGCCCCAGAGACCAGAUGGCGAUCACAGAGGGUACCAUGUUGCAAAUAGAAGCUCUGUCUGAAAGCAUCAACAACCUUACAUACCUGCUCAGCCGAGACGAGCUGCGGAAGGAGAUGAGACGGUCUCAGACAACGCUUAUUUAAAGGACAAUGAUCCGGCGCUUCUUGCUUACUAAUGCUGUCCAUAAGUCUGACACCUGUACCGUACCUCGACCCCAGGCCUAACACUGCAGUGAGGCGGCCACGCCCACUUCUAUAAGGCUCUGAUACCUCAUCUAAGAACUUCAGACCCUCUGAAGUCACACUGCAGAUACAGUGGACCAAGAGACACAUGGGGACAUGCACAAUGUGGAAAACAAUCAUCAAGGGUCCCUUGAAAACCUUUUCUACAAUAAUGAACUAAACUGUACCUAAAGCUCUGUGUGGCUUUUUUUUACUGCUUUACUUGUUUCCCUAUGCAAUGUAUCCUAAAGAUGACCAAUGUGUUCUCUAUACUCUGUGCUGGUUUAUCAAAGAGGAGAACAGGCACACCUUAGCCAUCUGUUGUCAAAUGGUAAUCAUGAACAGCGUGUAAUUUGUUUCAUGGAGUCUGUGAUGGAAUAACACAUGAUGUUAGCCCAAACAGAGCCAGGUGAAAACACACUUUUACACUCUGAGAAUUGUGUUGAGCCAAGUAUAUCAGCCUCACCAUUUUACAUUAAGACACACAAGAAAUGCUACAACAAAGUGGUUAUUUUGUCACAUGAAGGGUCUCAGAGGCGGCAUGAUAUCAAAGGGCUGAGUAGGACAAAUACUCAGCCCUGACCACUGUUGCCUUGAAAGAAAUUGUAUUACAUCAGUGGGGAAAGUUUUUUCCAGUCCAAGUCUCCAAUAAAGCACUACCAUACAAUAAAAGCCCUUGAAAUAUCA